AUGGCAAGCGGUCGUCGCUCCCCUUCUCCGGAAUCGCCUGGCCCUCAACCAAUAAGGAGGCUUCAUGAAUCUCUUAUUAACCGAAUUGCAGCAGGCGAAAUCAUACACAGACCCGCUUCUGCGCUGAAAGAGCUGCUGGAAAAUAGCCUCGAUGCCGGGUCUACUUCAAUUCAAGUUAACGUCAAGGAUGGUGGUAUGAAGCUGCUUCAGAUUCAGGACAACGGUUGUGGCAUUCGUAAAGAAGACUUACCCUUGCUCGCUGAGCGCUUUACUACCUCCAAACUGACUACUUUUGCCGACCUCUCCAAGCUAACUACUUAUGGGUUUCGAGGGGAGGCUCUGGCAUCUAUAUCCCAUGUUGCGCACCUGACAGUGAUCACGAAGACCAAGUCAAAUAAUUGUGCUUGGAAGGCUGCUUACCUUGAUGGCGGUCUCGUCCCAUCGAAAGCGGGACACACACCAGACCCGAAACCUUGUGCUGGAAACAACGGAACCACAAUCAUAAUUGAAGACAUGUUUUAUAAUACACCUACUCGAAUAUCUGCUCUUCGAAGCUCCUCUGAAGAAUAUGCGCGAAUCCUUGAUGUAAUGACCAAAUAUGCUGUGCACAAUUCCAAGGUGUCAUUCGGGUGUAAAAAAGCCGGUUCCCUGAGUCCUGAACUCUCGACCCCGUCCUGUUCAGACACGUCUCAGGCCAUUCGUCAACUUUACGGCCAUUCCAUAGCCAAAGAGCUCCUGCAUGUCACGGCGUCUUCUGUUUCAGAUGAUAGCACGGACAUGGAUAGUUCAGAAGAUCCGGAAGCAUGGUCGGCAGAAGCAUAUUGCACCAAUGCAAACUACCAAGGCAAGAAGACUGCGCUCUUGUUAUUCAUAAAUCACCGUCUAGUGGAGUCGCAUCGUAUAAAACGGUCUAUUGAGAGUAUAUAUAGCGGUAUACUGCCCAAAGGUUCUUCUCCUUUCGUGUAUUUGAGCAUCAACCUCGACCCGAGGUCUGUAGAUGUCAACGUGCAUCCGACCAAGCGCGAAGUCCACUUUUUGAAUGAAGAAACUAUCAUCGAGCGAAUAUCGGAUGCCAUUCAGCAGAAGCUCGCAGGUCAAAGUCAGUCGCGGGUAUUCGAGUAUCAGACGCUGCUCACUGGAGGCAUCGCACAAUCAGGAUCACGGAAAGGCAAGGAAAAAGCGAGUAAUGUCGAUGAAGUGGAAGAUGGCGAGGGACCAGAGGAUGAUCGCCGGGCAUCAGGAAAUCAAGUAGCGAAGAAGGUGCUUUCCCAGCACAAAGUCCGGACCUCCCAACAGGAUCGCACACUAGACUCGAUGAUUCCGGUCACUGACCCAUUGAGAACCGACUCCGACGAGCCCGUAACAGCCAUCCGGUUACGGGACAUCAAAGAAUCGACAUGCCAAUUCGCAUCUAUAAUAGAACUCAGGCGUCUUGCUACCAAACGCACUCACCAUGACCUGACCGAAAUCAUCAAGAAACAUACCUUUGUCGGCGUGAUUGACAUGUCCAGGUGUCUUACGUUGAUUCAACACAACAAGAAUCUUUACAUGGUCAAUCACGCCGCACUAGCGGAGGAAAUGUUUUAUCAGCUUGCGUUGUUGCAAUUUGGAGACUAUAGCCGACUCAAACUUGAUCCCCCACCAUCUCUUCGGAUGCUUGUCAAGUUUGCGGUCGACGUGGAAGAUACAGCACGCAGUGGCAUGAGCGAGGACGAGAUUGUCGAUCGAAUAGUCAAGACCUUGAUGGAUCGCCGAGAGAUGCUGCUCGAGUAUUUCUCCUUGGACAUUUCAGAGACUGGCGAUGUUAAGACACUUCCACACCUUCUUCGCGAGUACACCCCUAAUCUUGACAAGCUACCCAUGUUCCUCAUGCGUCUCGGGCCUCAGGUCAUCUGGGAGUCUGAGCAAGAGUGCUUUGGUUCUUUCAUGCGCGAGCUAGCGUACUUUUACUCUCCAGCCCCGCUGUCUGUCGUCUCAGCACCCGCCUCUGACGAAGAUAAACAAGAAAAGCAAAAGUCUGAAGCAUGGCGCAUACAAAAUAUCCUAUUUUAUGCGAUGCGCAAGUACCUGGCAGCUCCCAAGUCCCUGUUGGACAAUGACGUCGUGCAGGUGGCGAGCUUACCAGAUCUUUACCGGGUCUUCGAACGCUGUUAG